GAAAAACAUUAACUUUGCAGAAAGUUUACUCAGUAGGCACUCUUACGUUAUUCUGUGGGUAAACUGACUACUUUGGAGCGAUGCAGUCAAGUCUAUUAAUCGUAUAUCUUUUCUUUUCUGUCAGCGUUUAUACUUCAGUGAUAAGGGGUAAGGAUGGUGUGGAUGGUGGUCUAUCAUCUGACACAACAACUUGUCCAGAGAUUCUCCCUAAAAUAGACAACGGAGACGUUUCUCCAGCUUCUUUAAAAAGUAACUACACUGAAGGAGAUAGACUGCUGUAUACUUGCCGACAUGGAUACACAUCUCUGGGAAAAAUCAUUUACGUUUGUAACAAGAACCAGUGGGUCAACAUUCGAGAUGCCAAAUGUUCAUUGAAACGCUGUGAGCUCCCUGCAGACAUACCAAAUGCGCAUUUUGUACUAAUGAACGGCACGGACUUCGUAUUUGGAAACACCAUCAAAUACAUAUGCAAUGAAGGCUACAAGAUGGGGACUCGAAUAGACACUAGGACAUGUUUAGCUGGAGGAUGGAGCAACCACUUGCCACAGUGUGAAGAGGUAUCAUGCCUUCCACCUGCCACUGAGGGCAACGUCAUCGUGGAUGGAUUUUCUGAUUAUAGCAGCAGGUUCAGAUACGGACACAGAGUACAAUUCGCAUGUGACAGUCCUGCACUUAAACUGGUUGGGCUGAAAGAAGUCACAUGCCAAGCAAAUGGAGAGUGGAAUGGUCCACUUCCAACAUGUGAAGGUGCCACAUGUAAGCUAGAAAAGAUCAGUGCCGGGGUGUCAGUGUUUGGGGUUCCAGAGAGAAAUGCACCCAUGAAUUAUGGACACAAGUUAGAGUUCUACUGCUCUAAUGCUGAGAUGGUAUUGAGAGGACGCAGUGAGGUCACUUGCUCAACAGGAGGAAGCUGGAGCAGCCCUUUUCCCACAUGUGAAGAGAUAACUUGCAUGGAAGAAGAACUCUAUAAUGUUAAAAUUGUCCGUGGAAUUCCAGGCAAAGUUCCACCAUAUAAACCUACACAUACCUUACAAUUUCAAUGUACCCAUUCAUCUAUGACAAUGCUGGGACUUCCAUCAAUCAAAUGCAGAUCAGAUGGAACAUGGAGCAGCCCGUACCCCACAUGUUCAGUGCUUGGUGCUUGUGGACCACCUCCCAGCAUUGAUUUCGCCACACUAAAUUCUGCUCCACAAGAGAAUUACAAACAUGGUCAACAAGUUCAAUACACCUGCAGUUACUUUCACACUCAGGAAGGCAACCCAAGAGCUGUCUGCCAUCAAGGAACAUGGUACACAAAUUUGAAGUGUUUACAACCGUGCCUUGUGAAGACGGAAGACAUGCAUAAAAAUAAAAUCUAUUCAACCUACCAAAAGAAAACAAUAUAUGUUUAUCAUGGAUACCACGGAAGCUUUGUAUGUGACUAUGGAAAAUGGCCAAAAAAUGACAACACUAAUUUUCGGCCACUGUGCAGUAAUGGAGUAAUAAGUUUGCCUCGUUGCAUAUAGCGCAUCUUGGACAACCUCUGAUAUAGUGAAGCUACUUGUUUUUUUGAUCUUCAACAGCAUUUAUAUUAACUGGCAUCACUAAAUCUUAACAUUUGCUUGUUGAAAAUUAUUAAAGCAGUAGUAUGAACAUUUUGAUGAAGUGUAAUUAAAGUGAGCCUUAGGAAAGAGUACUUUUAAGAGUUUUUUUUGUGUCGCAGCAUGUUCCCCUCUACCGUGCAACAAUGCUGGAUCAGAUAAUAGAAUCUACUGCUUUCCAUAUGAAUGAAUAAAAACAGUAAGGAUUAAUGUUUUUAAGUUACAUAAUGGUUGUAGAACUCAUUUUAACUCGUUUUAUUGUAGGCAAUGGUGAAUUGUACAAAUUCUGGGUCUGGGUGUUAAACCUAAAUGUAUUAAAUACCAAUCUUUUCAUUGA